AUGGAGUACACGCUUAGGCACUCGAUGUCCGCGUCGCCGAUCUCCAGUGUGCGGUGGCGCAGGCCGAGGCGGCGACGGCAGCCGCCACCGCGACAAGCAACGACUGGGCCGACCGGUUCGCACGGCAAGCUCACGACCUCGAAGCGAGCCUCGAUGCCUACCGAGACCUUCAGCGCGCUCACGCCGAUGUGCAGCACCAGCUCUCGCGUGAGCUGCAGCAGCGCCACGACGAAGGUCAGAAAAAUGGCGCGAAAAACACGGCGGUGUCUGGACUUGAACUGCGACGCGCCGCCUUUCUUGAUCCAGCCGUCGGGCUACUGCAAAGACCACGACGCCACGCGAGAGCGUGAGAAAGCCGAGAAGCAGCGGCUCGUGGAAGAAGCGCAGCGCCAAAAGCCACCACAUGACGUCGCCGCCGACGCCUUUGCCCUUGGCGGGUUAAAACAGCUCGUGAGCGUCUUGAACACGUUUCAGGACAGCGCUGCGGUCGUGGCCGCGGUUCUCAAGAAGCUUCAUGUGCUCUGCGAAGCCCACGUCGUCCACAAGAACGAGCUUGGCGAUUUGUGUGGGUUCCCGGCGCUUGUCCGCAUUGCGCAGCAUCAGAGCACGCUCGAGGCGACGCAAAUUGCACUCGCUCGAUUGUUUGGCGUCGCAGCUUUCAACCACGACGUCAACCGUAUUCGACUCGUGAGCGAAGGCGCGCUGGACUCGCUACUGCUGGCCAUGGCAGGUUUCCCGCACAGCCUAUCGCUCCAGCAAAGCAGCUGCACGACGCUGACCAACCUGGCGCACAACUGCGAGGGGAACCGCCGCAAGAUCUUAGAGAAGGGCGGUCUCGAGCGUAUUCUCGACGCCAUGCAAGCGUUUCCGAAAGAAGCAUCCUUGCAGGAGAGUGCAUGCUGGGCCCUCAUCUCCCUCGCGGGCUCCGAUUUUAUGUGCGAACACAUUGCUGCGCGUGGCGGCAUCGGCGCGAUUCUGGCGGCGAUGCUCAACUGCCCGAGCAUCGCGUCCGUGCAGUAUUACGGCGUGUGGGCGCUACUGAACCUCGUCUCGGGUGUCGAAACGCUGCAAGACUUUGCGAUCCAAGAGGGGGCUAUCGAGGUGUGUGAAGCCGCCAUGGCAUGCUUCACCGAGCACGCUGGCAUCCAAGACAAGGCGCAGUGCGUCCUGGACAUGCUCACCGACAAUCAAGAGCUGCGCGCUUCCGACGCCGUGCUGCCCGAUAAAUAA